GACGAGAGCGCCAAAAUAUGAAAGGCUUAAAUUUUACGGUGUAUCCCAGCGUAUUCCCCUUUCAAAAAUAUUAUAAUGUUUAAAAAACCCUUUGCGAAUUUAAAGUCUUUUAGUCCCUUGAGAUCUUCCGAUCGAAGAAAGUUUCAAAAUGAAGCAUACGAGGCUUACCCUUCUGUCAAAGAAAUUUGUACGAAGGAAGGCGCGUCUCAUCUCAUGCCAGACGAUCUCCGUUCCGCUAAAUUCACUUCUCAUAAUGGUACUUCUGGCUUAGUCUACAUGUCCGAAAAGCAAACACUAUGGGUGUCUGUUGAAAACUUGCCACCCAUUCCUACUGUUUACACAAUGUGGCAAUACCCCAAUAUGAUCCCAAAACUUUAUACUUGGGGGCCUGUUGUGCGUAAAUUGAUUGAAGGUGCAGACUUGAUGAUACCUGGUAUGGUAUAUGGUCCUGAUGGUACAUUACCUCAUUUGAAUACGGGUGAUUUAGUAGCAAUAACCAUCAAGGGAUACCCUUACCCUUUAGCCAUCGGCACUAUGGCAUUAUCCACAUCCGAAAUCAAACCCAGAUCAGGAAUGAAAGGAAAGGCUGUUCAUAUCAUCCAUGUGUUUGAAGAUUACUUAUGGAGUAUGGGAGAUAAGUCAGGACCCCCUGAACUAUUAGAUAUCUCUGAUGAUGAAUAUGAGGAAGAUGAGGAUGCUCAAGAAGUGCCUACUGAUGCCAAAGCUGAGGUAACCGCGGUAGAUCCAUCAGCGGAGACGAUCACAACUCAAUCAAAUACAGGCAAAUUAUCCACAAACGAUAUUGACGAAUGGCUAAAAAAGUCCUUGUUUUAUGCACUUGUUUACAAGCUUAAACCGGAUAAUGCCAGCAACGUGCUUCCAUUGUCUGCUUCAUCCCUCUACUCUGCCUAUAUUAUGCCAUGUAGACCAUUGGAUGUAGGUACAGAAGUUGAUAUAAAAAAAUCCAGUUGGAAGAAAUUGCAAAAGUUUUUGAAGGCGAUGGAGAAAUCUGGACUUUUAAAGACAAAGGAACAACGCGGUGAGACGAUGAUUAUUUCUGUUGACUGGACACACGCUAGCUUACAAGAUCUACGCAAAUAUAAAACCAUGGAAUCUUUAACAGCCCAACCUGUCAAAGAAGCAGUGAAAGCAGUUGCGAGACCAGCAGCACAGCCUUCUAACCAAGCCGAGAUUAUAGAGAUAUUUAAACCACUUGGUACACAAAUGAUUAAAUUUUUUGAAGAAGCAAAACACAACAAAGAUGCGUUAUAUACAAUUCCUGAAAUUCGUACCGUCAUUGCUGAUUACAUCAAAAUACACGAUUUAGUGGAUCCUAAAAAUCAAAAGAUGAUUAAUAUCGAUCCAGUUAUGUGCGAUGUAAUUUUAAAUAAGCAAGAAUAUAAUUCAAUCAAUCAAUUAGCCCGUGACCAGAUUUUACAUAGAAUUUGUUUAAAGAUGCAACCAUUCCACAAGAUCAAGCUUCCCGGCAAAGACGCUGUUCUCCGCAAAGGAGAACCCAAACCUGUUGAAAUUACACAGGAAGUCAGACAGGGAAGAAAAACUAUUACAAAAGUUACUGGUGUCGAAGGAUUUGGGUUAGAUGUGGAAGAAAUUUCCAAGGAAUUAACGAGGUUGUGCGCAAGUAGUGCCACCUAUAAUGCCAUUCAAGGUGUCAGUCCAAAAACCCCGCUGUUUGAAAUUAUGGUUCAAGGGCCUCAAAUCAAAAAUGUAACUGAACUCAUGCUUAGUAAAGGAGUUCCCAAGAGAUUUAUCGAUACAAUUGAUAAAACCGCAAAGAAAGGCAAAGGAAAAAAAUAA